UUGUACUCUGUGGGGAUAAGUGGGGAUAACCUUAAAAGUUGUUUGUUGGUUAUUUUGUGUAAAAUCGUGUCGGGCACGAGAUUUUCAUUAAUAAGAUUUAAUUAAAGCAAUGGUCUCAUUACAGCCUAUCGGUAUGAAAAAAAGAAAAGAGAAAACUAAUAAAAACCAAGUUAAAGACAAGAUCAAAAAGAGAUCUAAAGAUGAAAUUGUAAAUACCAUGGAUAAAACAAAUAAAAAAAAGAAGAAAGUAGCUGUGAUGAGUGUAAUUCAAGAUGAGAAUAUUACAGUCCAGAAAAAGAAAACUAAAUUUAUUAUGCCUUCAAGAUAUAUUACGGAAAGUAUUGUGGAAUCUUGUCUGAACGCAUUAGAUCAAGUGGCGGCUUGCAGUAUUAAAAAAAAUGCUAUUUUUGAGGAUGAACAAAAAAUAUUUGCUGAAAUACACUGUAUAAAAAUCCAAACCAGUACUGGGAACAUUAAAUUUGUUCUUCCUCAUAGUACAGCAGCAUCAACUGGUGAAAUAUGCCUUAUUACACCUGACAUAAGAAAAGGUAAAAAAAUAGAUCAUGAGCCCACAAUAGAUCAUUGGGAAGAAAUAUUGAAAAAGGCUGAUGUAACUUGUGUUAAAACAGUCCUUCCCCUGAGGCAACUAAAAGUAGAAUAUGAUCAGUAUGAAUUAAAAAGGAGAUUGCUCACCCAACAUGACUUUAUCAUGGUUGAUACAAGAAUUUUAAGCCAUGCCUCAACAAUUUUGGGAAAAAAGUUUUUUAAAAAGCAUAACAUGUUGAUUCCUGUAAAAGUAAAUGAAAAAAGUAAAGAUUUAAAAAAAUGUAUUGAUAUUGGUUUGCGUACAACUAUGCUACGGCUUGGACAAGGACCUACAACUGUAAUUUUGGUUGGCCAUACUGGCAUGCCAAAAAGUCAUUUAAAAGAAAAUAUUAUGUCACUAGUUGAACAACUUAAGAAUAAAUACCCAGGGGGUGAAGCGAACAUCCGAUCUAUAGCUUUAAAGUUACCAUUGUCAUUAUCUAUUCCUUUAUAUAUUACUUUGCGACCUUCAAGUUCAGUAAACAAUCCUCCAAAACUAAGAAUGAAAAAACCUAAGAAUUUCAAAGAUGUUGAAGAUGAGCUAUCAACUAUGCCUAAUACUGAAGUGAGAGUAGCUCCUGAUGGAACUGUUACCUUAAAAAAGAAGAAACCCAGAAAAAGUUGUGAAAUCCAGACCAGUGAAGAAGAGGAAGAGCUUUCAGAUAAGGAUGAAGAAUCUGAAUAAAAUUAUUACUAAGACAAAAUGAAUGAAUAAAAGCAAAUUUAUAAACAUACAUUUAAUAUUUUAUUAAAACAGACUAUUCAUAAACAAAGAUAAGACAUUUAUUAUCCUUUAUUAUAAUAAUCACUAAUCUGCAGUUUCAUUAACAUAAUUCUGUUCACGAUUCAUUGAACUAAGGUGUUUUUCAUUAGAGCUGUUUGCUGGCAUAGAAAUUAAAGAUAUUUGCAUUUUAAUAGGCCACACCUUCUUAAACUUUUUGAAAUUUUUUACUUUAGUAUUUUGUUCCUCAACAAACACGGGUUCCUUUUUAACAAUCAAUUCCUUUUUAACUGUCACAAUAGUGGUACCCAAAUUGAGUUCACUCAUUCUCUCAUCUAAUUCUUCUUUUAUGAACUUCUUAGAAAUAUCAAUAUCUUCAUUCUUCAAUAACUUUUCAUUAUUUUUCAUUAAUUCUUCCAAUUUUGCUCCUCUUAAAGAUGCUAAGUCUUCAUUUUUGUAUGUUGUACAUUUGGUUUUGUUUGAUAUAAUUUCAGAUUUUCUUUCUAUUUCCACACUGUCAAUUUCUUUUUUACUAUCAAAAAUAUUUGACUUGUUGUGAUAAGGCAUUUUCGGUUUAUUUUGCACAAAUUGAAAUAAAGAAUCUUCAUUAUCAUCAGAUUCUAAUUUACGCUUAUGUGGUUUAAUCAAAUUUAAUCUUUUUGUACUCUCUUCAUGUUGCUCAGUAUUGUGAGUACUUGAUUUAGUGACAAAAUUGAAAGCUUGACUAUCACCAGAUUCAGAACUGACUGCCAACUUUUUUGUAGGAUUUGUUUCAAUCUCAUGUUCAUCUUCAUUUUUUCUCUUAGUGCCAAUAUAAGCUUCAACAUGACUGGAUAUACUAAUAGCUAUUUUUUUCAGAGAAUUUUCUUGAAUAUCAUUUUCAUCACAAGCCUUUCGUUUUUGGCUUUUGCAUUUUUCAUUUUCUAUAUUAUUAGUAGAUGAUAAACUUUCAUUGAUAACUACAUUUUCUCUAUUGGAUUGAAUGUUUUGAUUUUGCUCUUGAGUUUCUUGAGCCAAUACUUUGCUUUGUUUAAUAUUUUGAUCUGAUUGCUUGAUUAUUUCUGUUGGAAAUUGGAAGUCUGGGUUACAAUAUUUCUGAGUAGAACAAUACAAUACGGCUAAACCUAUUUCAACAUCUGUUAUCAAUCUUUUUCCUUUACUCUUCAAAUAAUCUACUAUUUCUUGAAUCAAAUGUUUUUGUGUUUCAGUCUCUUGAGAUGCAGCAGUUAUAUUAUACUGUAUAACAAUAAAAUUCUUUUCACAUAGGGUAAUUUUUUUUAAUGCACAUUCACUCAAUAGCAAAGGAUUUGCUGCAGCAUUUGAUAAUACAGUUUUAUACAUUUCAUAUUGACGUUUUGAAAAAAACACUACAGUUUUAUCAGAAAAUAAAGUUUGUCUUCGGCUGUUAGGCAAGAAUGUGACAUUUUCUUUAUUAAGAGUGGAUUCAAUAAUCUGUGGUGUAUAAUCAUGAGGAUCCGGAAGCAUUACCUGACUCUUCACAGCGUCAAGACAUUUAUUCCAAAAUUCGACUGUAACAAUAUGAGCACCUUGAACUAGCGCUAAAACAACUUUCAUUGUCAAAGUAAUGGCAGGCAUUGUAAGAUAUUUGCAAGAUUCAUCCCAUUCACUCUUCAGUGUGCCUGAGAGACUACUCAAACACUCCCUUAAAUUUUGCAAAUUUUCGCCUUUAAGUGUAGAAGUACAAGUCACCAACGACUUGAAAUGAACUUUAAAAACACUAGACAUUUUCCCAAAUUUAAUAUGAUCUCCUUCAUUUAAUUGUUUCAUCAACUUGCUUUCAACUUUGUCACUUGAAUUAUUGACAAAUGUUCCAUAUCUAGAACCCAGAUCUUGUAAAAAUAAUUCGUUAUUUACAUUAUACAGAGUGGCAUGCUUUCUGCUGAUAGACGGAUCAUCAGCUAUCACAAAACACUCUUGCUGAUCAGCAUUACGACCGACUGUGAUUUCUUCAGUAACAUAAAUUACCCGACCAUUUUUCUCGUUUGCCAAAUACCACAUUUUGUCUCCGAUUGAUUACAUAAAACGAUAAUUCAACGUACCAACUACUGGAAUCUAUAAUUAAUAACAAUAAUAACGAAAAACAGAAAAGAAACUCCGAACCGCUGACGCCGACCACAGAGUAGGAUUGGGCAAAAAAUACCAAUAAAUCAAAAUAUCGAUAUUUAUUUUCAGAUAUCAAAUUCGUAUCAUAAUCGAUAUAUUUACAAUUUUUAUAGAUAAUUGCUUAUUGCGCAAAAAUAUCGAUAUGUCAAUAUAUUCUUGACAUUCUUUAUCGAUUCAUUAAAUAAAUAUCGAUAUGAUAUAUAUCGAUAUUUUUUUCCCAUUAGCCCAUCUCUACCACAUAGCAAUAUAGAAUUUGGAACAAUUUUUUAUCUUUGCACUAGAACUACAGCAAAUCG